AUGCUUCUCGUUCCCAUUGUCGCGUCGGUGGCGCUUCAGAUUUCCCGCGUCACUUCCGACGAUCUGAAUCUCAUUUGGGACAGUGUUCAGCUAAAUCUGAUCCCGGUGGUCGCCUGCCUGUCACUUGCCGUCUUCGGUCUCACGGUGUAUUUAAUGCUGCGCUCGCGACCCGUUUACCUCGUCGACUUCGCGUGCUUCAAGCCGCCGGAAUCGCUCGCCAUGACCAUCAAGGGCGCGCUCGACCACGCGAGGAAAAUCGGGCGGUUCGAUGAAAAGUGCCUGGAGUUCCAGGGCAAGGUGCUCGAACGCGCGGGGCUAGGCGACCGCACGUGCCUGCCUCCUGGGUUCGUGAAUCUCCCUCUCAACCAGUCGCUCGGCGAGGCGCGUAACGAGGCUGAGAUGGUCAUCUUCGGCGCGUUGGACGAGCUGUUCGCGAAGACCGGGCUCAAGCCUCGCGACAUUGGUAUCCUCAUUGUGAACUGCAGCGUCUUCUGCCCGACGCCGUCUCUGUCCGCCAUGAUCAUCAACAAGUACAAGAUGCGCAGCAACGUCCGGUCGUUCAACCUCGGCGGCAUGGGCUGCAGCGCGGGAGUCAUCGCUGUGGAUCUGGCGCGCGACAUGCUUCAGGUGCACGGGAACUCGUACGCCGUGGUGGUUUCCACCGAGAACACCACCCAGCAGCUCUACUUCGGCAACAAAAAGUCCAUGCUCAUUCCCAACUGCAUCUUCCGCAUCGGCGCCGCCGCGCUGCUGCUGACGAACAAGAACAGCGAGAGCUGGCGCGCCAAGUACAAGCUGCAGCACCUGGUGCGCACGCACAUGGGCGCCAACGACAAGCACUACCAGUGCGUCUUCCAGGAGGAGGACGACCAGAAGAUCGUGGGCGUGUCGCUGUCGCGCGAUCUCAUGUCCGUCGCAGGCGAGGCGCUCAAGACCAACAUCACGACGCUCGGCCCUCUGGUGCUGCCGCUGUCGGAGCAGCUGCUGUUCGCGGCCGUGCUCAUCGCGCGCAAGGUGUUCCGCAUGAAGCUCAAGCCGUACAUUCCGGACUUCAAGCUCGCGUUCGAGCACUUCUGCAUCCACGCGGGCGGUCGCGCCGUGCUGGACGAGCUCGAGAAGAACCUGGAGCUGACGCCGUGGCACAUCGAGCCGUCGCGCAUGACGCUGUACCGCUUCGGCAACACGUCGUCGUCGUCCGUGUGGUACGAGCUGUCGUACACCGAGGCCAAGGGCCGCGUGCGACGCGGCGACCGCGUGUGGCAGAUCGCGUUCGGGUCCGGGUUCAAGUGCAACAGCGCCGUGUGGAAGGCGCUGAGGACGGUGCGAGCGGAUAAGAACCUGGGCCCUGAGUCAGUGAUACUAGCACAACUCAAGAUGCCGUCACGAGAUCGAGGAGGGCCAGGCUGGCAGCUGCUUGCCAUGGUUUGCGCGUUCGUUAUCGGCCUGGCGGUCCUCGCUUGCUCCAGGCAACACGACGGCCCAUGCCCCAUCAGUCGCGCACUCGCAUCGCUUCUCGGCAAACCUCCCAUGUCCGAUGAACCCCUGCUCACGCCGACCGGCCCGCGCUUCGUCGAUCUACCGCUUCUGAGCAAUCCGGUCUCUGAUAACGCGUCUGAUGAAUUCAUCCGCAAUCCUCUGAUUCUGCUCGCUGCUGAGGAGAUGGAGGAGGUGUCGGUUCCCACGGGCACGCGGGACCGCAAGGCCUCCCGCCGCGCCUUGCCGCUGCGCCGAUUCCUCAACCAGGUGCGGUACAACCUGGCGGAAGCGGCGCAGACGGCGCGCAUGUUCGAGCCGUGCGACUCCGCCUUCACCGACCACACGCCGUGCGAAGAUCCCGAUCGCGCGAAGCUCUUCCCGAAGACCGCCAUGAUGCACCACGAGCGGCACUGCCCGGCGGUGCGCGAGGUGAAGCAGUGCCUCAUUCCGCCGCCCGUCGGGUACAAGACGCCGCUCCCCUGGCCGCAGAGCCGCGUGGAGGCGUGGUACGUGAACGUGCCGCACAAGCACUUGACGACGGCGAAGGCGGACCAGCACUGGAUCCAGUACGAGGAAGAAACGGAGAAGUUUCUGUUCCCUGGCGGCGGGACUAUGUUCCACGAUGGAGCGGAUGCCUAUAUCGAGGAGCUCGGGAAGAUUCUUCCGCUCACGGACGGGUCGAUUCGCACCGCGCUGGACACGGGCUGCGGGGUGGGCAGCUUCGGCGCGUACAUGCUGAACCGCGGCAUUCUGACCAUGUCGCUGGCGCCGCGCGACGGGCACGAGGCGCAGGUGCAGUUUGCGCUGGAGCGCGGGCUGCCCGCCAUGAUCGGCGUGCUGGCCACCAAGCGCCUGCCGUACCCGCCGCGCUCCUUCGACCUCGCGCACUGCUCGCGCUGCCUCAUCCCGUGGGCCCGCGAAGAUGGUCGUCUCCUGGCGGAAAUCGACCGCGUGUUGCGCCCGGGCGGCUUCUGGGUGCUGACAGGCCCGCCCAUCUACUGGAAGCACUACGCCAGCGGGUGGAACCGCCCCGAGGCGGACCUCGCGGCGGAGCAGGCGGAGAUUGAGCGCACGGCGGAGAGCCUGUGCUGGCGCAAGUACGCGGAGAAGGGCAUGUUCGCGGUGUGGCAGAAGCCGCUCGACGGGGAGUGCCUCAAGGGGAAGGCGGCGGAAGGGAACAGUGUUCCGCCCAUGUGCCCCGCGGCGCAGGACCCGGAUCUGUCGUGGUACACCCCCAUGCCCGCGUGCCUCACCCCCGUGCCGACCGUCACUGACGCGGACGGCGUUCCUGGCGGCAGGCCGGCGAACUGGCCGGAAAGGCUGACGGCCGUUCCGCCCCGCAUCGCGCUGAACCUCGUUCCCGCGGCAUCCCCUUCCGCCGAAGCGGCGGACGGAGAGGAGAUGGUUCUGGGCAACGGCGGCGCCACCGCCGAUGCGCUGGCUUCCGCGGACGGGUUCCGCGCGGACACGGAGGAGUGGCGGCGCCGCGUGCGGUGGUACAAGGAGAAACUGCUCCCGGGGCUGGGGCAGGGGCGGUACCGCAACAUUAUGGACAUGAACGCGCGCGAUGGCGGCUUCGCGGCGGCGCUGGCGGAAGCGGAGGAUCCCGUAUGGGUGAUGAACGCGGUGCCCGUGGAGCGCGGAGCCGCCAUCGGCGCGGACGGGGAGCCGGCGGCGGGCGCGGGCGCGGGCGUGGAAGCCGUUGCGACUUCCCCCUCGACGGUGGCGUUUUCGGCGGCGGACACGCUGGGAGUGAUUUACGAGCGCGGGCUGCUGGGGUCCUACCAGGACUGGUGCGAGGCGUUUUCGACGUACCCUCGCACGUACGAUCUGGUCCACGUGUCGAACCUGUUUUCCAAGUGGGUGAACCGGCCGUGUCCCGUGGAGCACGUGUUGCUGGAGAUGGACCGUAUAUUGCGGCCGGAGGGUGCUGUGUUGAUUCACGACGAGCUGCCCGUGCUGCAGCAGCUGCUGCGCCUCGCGCCCGGGCUCCGGUGGGACGCGCGCAUUGAGAGCAGCGGCGGGGAGGACGGCGCGCAGGGCGAGGCGGUGCUGGUGUGCGCGAAGAAGUACUGGACUGCAGGGUGA